AUGCUGGAAGUAGCUCAGGAGAAAUAUUUGUACUUCUUCGAAGGCUUAUUCUUUCGUCGGUUAUUCCGUGGACAAAUGCGCCCUAGAGUAGUAGGAACCAGAACGGUUGUUGGAGAUUCUCCAAAGGACGUGAUGGAUUGCAUUUGGAAAUUUGCUGCCAGGCAUGUAUCGAGGCAAAUAGAAUUUGAUAACAAUGGGCCGAAAUGGGCUGAGAAGCCAAAACCGGACCGUGACGAUAUUGAAAAGUUUGUGACUUUGCAAGACCAGAUGAAAAGGAAGGCGUAUACUACUUCUGCACUGUCGUCUCGUUUGCUUACAUCAUGGAGAGACAAGCAAAUAAAAUUUUUCAUGUAUGCAUACUCCGUAAACGUCGAGACCAACGCUCAGUAUCAGAUGGUCCUCAAACAAUUAAUGUCACCAAACAAUCCCGAUCGUUCUGGAGCCCAUUCCACCCGUGAUGAUGCGAAAUUAGCCACUGAAUUAAAACAGAGUCAUCCUGAAUUGGAAGGCCAUCAUAGUUCUUGGUUAUUGUGGGCCAAUACAAUUCACUCGUCAGCUGCGCACAAACAGGAGGAAAUGAAGAAGGCUUCUUCGCCUCCAUUGGAGCUCGCCAAAUAUUUCAGGUGGACAGGUGCAAGAUUGCAAUCCGUUCAUCGUGGUGCAUCGGUUGCACAAGUAGUGAAUGGGGGCUGGUUAAAAGACGUUGAGGAAAUAUAUAACGGAGUUACUUCAGAGGUUUCCAUUUUGUCAAAUGUUGCGCAGAAGCUGGAGGGAAUUAUUUCAAAGGGAAGAUCAGCAGAGGAGAUUAUUGUUGCUGUGCAAUCCGCAGUGCGUCCGGUGGAGUCAGAGCUAAGUAAGGUUUUAGCUGAUAGUGUGACAAACUGUCCGGACAUCGAUCACACAUAA